ACAGAAGAACAUGAAGAACACGCUACCGCGACACAAGGUCUUAACACUCAGGAUGUCGACUCGAAAAACUAAAAGUGAACCUGCGAUGAUCGCGUCAGAGCAUACAUCCGCGCCAAAGCGUACAUCGGUGCCAAAGCGCACAUCCGCGGAAUCUGCACCGCCUGCACCAGGAUAUACUAUAUAUUCGUGCCAAAACGUACAUCCGCGGAAUCCGCACCGCCUGCACCAGGAUAUAUAUCCGCGCCAGGGCAUACAUCCGCGGAAUCCGCACCGCCUGUACCAGGAUAUACACUCGCGCCGCCCGCACCAGGAUAUACACCCGCGCCGCCUGCACCAGAAUAUACAUCCGCGCCAGG